AUGAAAGUCAGCGGGCGACAAGCGGAGUCCUCUUGGUCGCCGCUGACGCCCAGCGCAAAAGUUGUCCAGCGAACCGAAGGCACUCUGCUAGACCUGACCGAAUGGCCUACGUCGCUAGAUCCAGAGUCAUGGACUGUUGACCACGCCACCUACGCGUGUCUAUGGAAUGACGAGCAGCCGCUUUCUUCGCUUUGGAGCAACGAGGAGCUCGACAGUCAGCAGGUCGAGCUGCCUCUCAGCACCGAACGGAAUAUUCUUACACUGAACUCUCCUGGUCAGCCCUGCAACCCAAGUGGCAAUGAUCUACUCACCGCACAGCUACCUAUGAAGGAAGUGAAAGAAGCACGUGCGAGCGUUUUGGACGAUAUGGCUGCGAGCCGUGCGCUCCCGGAGGGCUCUAAUCUGCUCACGCUGGCGCAGCGUACUGUUCAUACGGCUGGUGGCGGCACUAUCAGCGUUCGCUUUAGAGACGAUAGAGCCCUGAACGCCGAUACCAGUCUCGCUCAAAGCGUUUGUGAAGAGGCGGCAUUCACUGAAGCUCGCGGCUUUCUCGGGGCGAGCACCGUUUGCUGCCACACUGGCGGCCAUGUUGCGGCACAAGUGCUUUGUCGUGAUGGCAACAUGAAGUCUUGCGAUACGGGUCCCAAGAAUCAGGUUUACAUGAAAGCGGCGGAUUCUGACGACUUCAUCGGGGCCUCGGGUUUCGCGCCAGACGCCUCAGCGCCUGGCAAAGAGAUCACCUCACCCUUGCCGUGGACGGCGGAUCACCGGCAAGUUCCAGCAUGGCCGCGGCACGCUAGGCGAAUACGUGCCCCCUUGAACCUGGAGAAUACCCUGAGGUCCACGAAUAUGGCGCUGGGACCAGAACAGCAUAUCGAUGACAAAGGUUUACCAGGAUCCGGGGACACAUCUCCGCGGAAACCGAGCACCGCUCCCGAAGAUUUCGAGGAUUUCGGAUCAACAGCUGUUGGCAUGGACCGAAUCGAGCGUGAUUCGGCGCUAUCCGGAGAAGCGUCAGCGAUUCUGGACUCGCAAUCGGCACUUCAUUGUGCAGAGUGGCUUCAUGAAUGGAAUGAGAGCGCGGAUCCGUGGCGCACGUCACUGGCUUCAUCGGGUCUCGCCAGCACCCCUAAUCUGCAUAGCUCUUCCCGAGGAAAUUUGAUCGAUCCAGAAACAACGGCGACAUCGGCGUCAAAUCUGCCUGCAUACAACAUAUGUGGUGGCUUGCUCCUGGGAACGCUGCAAACGACCGUCAUCGCCAUCGACUGCUCCCAGACGGCGCACGGGGAUGCACCGACUGCAACCCGCUGGCAAACCUCGCGUGAAGCUGAGACUGGAGAGGCGCGGCACCAAGGCAUGAGCCUCCAACGAUGCCAGAUCGGAGACGUUCUCAAGCAAAAGCGAUCUCGCGAACGAGAUCAUCUAGAGGACUCGAUGGAUCAGGUUCCCGCUGAUGCUCACUUCAACGCAAUGCUUCACAUGUCGAAGAGCCUGGUUCAAGGAGACGACGACGAUGACGUUCCGCAACAGACGUCCGUGACGUAUGCAACCCCUGCACGGAAGCGACAGCGCCGCUGUGACGAUCCGCCCGGGCAUCGGCAUUCGUUGCAUGCGGGGUUACCACCCUUGCAAAGCACGGCGCAUCCACUGGCUACCGGCAACAAUGCCGCGGACUUGGAUAGCAGGCGCUCACUGCGGGACUUUGUGGUCAACAGAAUCGGAGCGUUUCGGCGCAUGGUACCUCGCCUGCGCGAAGCCGGUCCGUACUGGCAACUCGAAAACGGCACGACUUGGCGCGCGCCGGUGGUACUUGCGGAUCCAACGCCGGCGCUUCAUCUUCUCUAA